AUGGCUUUUGCUUCUUCCUCCACGGAAUCCCAUGUCCUCCCUCACAUAGCAAUCUUCCCCUUCAUGGCCAAGGGCCACACCAUCCCGCUCAUCCAGCUUGUCCACCACCUCCAUCGUCGCCGCCUGGCCACCGUGACCUUCUUCACAACCCAUGGCAACGCAGCCUUCGUCCGCGAGGGACUGUCCGGGGCCGACGACACGGCCAUCGUCGAGCUCGUGUUCCCCGCCGACGUUUCGGGCGUCCCGCCGGGCGUGGAGAGCGCCGAGGCGGUCACGUCCAUGGCCUCCUUUGUCGCCUUCGCACACGGCGUGUCGCUGCUCCAGCCACAGCUCGAGGCGUCGCUCGCCGCCAUGGAACCUCCGGCCAGCCUCCUCGUCGCCGACGCGUUCCUGUACUGGACGAACGAGUCGGCGGCCACGCUCGGCGUCCCGAAGGUGUCGUUCUUCGGCAUCUCGGCGUUCGCACAGGUCAUGAGGGAGCUGCGCAUCAGCCACGACCCGUGCCCGGCGCUGCAGCUCGCCGACGUCGACGGCGACGGCAAUCCGGCGACGUUCACGGUGCCUGAGUUCCCGCACAUCAAGCUCACGUUGGAGGACUUGAUGGCGCCCUUCGGCGACCCGUCGUCGGUCGCGCCGAUGAUGGAGCUGGACAGCAAGCUGGGGAAGGCCAUAGUGGAGAGCCAUGGCCUGAUCGUCAACACCUUCCAAGGCCUAGAGAAACCGUACAUGGAGUUCUGGAACAAGCACUAUAGGCCCACGGCCUGGGCCAUCGGCCCGCUCUGCCUCUCCCAGACCGCGUCUUCUUCGUCGGGUGACGCCGGCCGGCCAUCAUGGAUGGAGUGGCUGGACGAGAAGGCAGCCGCCGGCCGGGCCGUGCUGUACGUCGCGCUCGGGACGCUGGCCGCGAUACCAGAGGUGCAGCUGAAGGAAGUUGCAGACGGGCUGGAGCGGGCCGAGGUAGAUUUCAUAUGGGCCGUGAGGCCCGAUAAUAUCGAUCUUGGUGCAGGGUUCGAGGAGCGUACCAAGGACAGAGGCUUAGUGGUGAGGGAAUGGGUGGACCAAUUGGGAAUUUUGCAGCACCAGAGCGUGAGAGGGUUUCUGAGUCACUGCGGGUGGAACUCGGUGCUAGAGAGUGUUGCAGCUGGCGUGCCACUGGCAGUUUGGCCCAUGCAUGCUGAUCAACCUUUCAAUGCAGCGUUUGUAGUCGAUGAGCUCAAGAUCGCGGUUAGGGUCCACACGAGUGAUAGAACGAUGCGGGGUUUGGCCACAACCGAGGAAAUAUCGGAAGUGGUCAGGAAGCUUAUGCUCGGGGAGGCCGGAAUUGAAGCGGCAAAGAAUGUUGCCGGGCUAUCGGUGCUAGCUGUGGAGUCCGUACUGAAGGGAGGGUCCUCUUGGAAAUCAGUGGAGGAGAUGAUCAGUGAGUUGUGUGCACCCAACAUGCAUGCAAAUGUUGAGCCAAGCAAGGAGGAGUCUUGA